AUGGAAUCUCCUAUGAAACUAUCUCCUAUGAAACUAUCUCCUAUGAAACUAUCUCCUAUGAAACUAUCUCCUAUGAAACUAUCUCCUAUGAAACUAUCUCCUAUGAAACUAUCUCCUAUGGAAUUAUCUCCUAUGGAAUUAUCUCCUAUGCAACCAUCUCCAUGCAACUAUGUACUGUUCGACGGAACUGCCUCCUAUUGCUUUGACAUCAUUUACUGGUAUUAA